AUGGCCCAUCAUGCAGAGUAUCCGUUCCAAGACGAGUACGGAAACUACUAUAGGACCGCCGACGACACGCUCUGCAUGCAGGGCGAUCAUGUGAGCGAGAUGUACUUCGGCUACUCGAGCUACACGAGCAGUUCCACUUGCUCGUCGAUCAGUCCGUAUCCAGCCGUGAUGAUGACUCCAACCAGAAGAAAGAAGCCGGCGAUUGUGGAAUCGGACGUUCCGAGGGUGUCGUUCGCGUCUCUGGGCAUGCACAGAGACGAUAUUGACACCGAGAAGCUCUCCAAUUUUCUAUUGAGCGAGAUGACCGUCUGCGGCAUCAACCAAUCGACUUUUGCGGCCAAGAUCCUCGGCAGAAGCCAGGGAACCCUCUCGGAGCUGCUGAGACGUCCGAAGAAGUGGGACAUGAUCAAGAAUACCGGAAGAGUACCGUACCAAAAAAUGUUCGACUGGCUCUGCCUGGAUGACAACGAGAGAAUGCGAGCCCUGGAGGGACCGGACGUCAAGGGAAAGAGGUGAGUAAUUGAUGAUCCACUUUAGGACCAUUUGUAAUUGAAAUCGGUUCAGAAAACCGCACAAGGAGCACACGCCACGUGUCGUGUUCACGGAUAUCCAGCGGAAGACGUUGAAAACCAUCUUCGAGUCGUGCCAUGCUCCGGAGCCAGAGUACCUGCAGCAGAUUGGCGAGCAUCUGAGACUGAAGCCGCACACCGUCAACAACUUUUUCACGAAUUCGCGCCGUCGUCUGCGCGAGGGAAAGAUGAGGCCAGAGAACGAAGAGAACCAAGAGCUGAUUAAUGAAGACUGA